AUGGAGCACGAGCGAUCGCCUGAUGGAGAGUUGGGCCCUGACAGGAAGCGCCGUCGCAAGGUUCUGUCUUGUAUGGAUUGUCGGAGAAGGAAAGUACAAUGCGACAGAGCUCUUCCGGUCUGUGGAAGGUGUGAGAAGGCUGGCAAGCCAUGCUCAUAUGAAGACGACAGCCCCCCUCAGCACGCUUCUAGCACGCAAAGUACAUCCUAUGUACCGCGACAACAGUCUGUGACUGUGAGUAAAGAUGUCUGGGACGAUAUGCUUAACAGACUCCUACAUCAAGAGCGUAUAAUCGAGAGAUUGCAGACUGCUCAUACAAGCCCUACAACUCCUGCUACAGUGUCAAUUGCGACGCCCCAAGUCCAUGGAACUGUCGAAACUCCUGGCGGGUUCAGCGAUUCGGCUGCAAAGGAAAGGAUAUUGUUCCGCGGCAAAGGAUUCAAGACCACAUUCUUUGGUCCGUCUGAUGCCAGGAGUACGAUGACACUUAAUGCCCACAACUUCUUUCUCGAAGAAGUUUCACGAAAUCCGGAACUUGUGCGUUGUAGAAGAGAUGUUAUAAAGCUUCGAGCUGUCAAAAAGACAUUGGACAAACAAGAAGCGCUCUCACCGCAUAGAUCUCUGAUCGCCUACCUUCCCGAACGAGCCAAAGUCGAUCUGCUGGUCAGGAUGUACUUCGAAAAGAUUGACUGUACCUAUCCAAUACUACACUAUCCUACUUUCCAUCGAGAGUAUGAGAGAAUGUGGCAGGAUCCGCUAAAUGCAACCCCCGGUUUUGUGGCUACUGUACUUUUGAUGAUGGCAUGUUGUCAGUGCCUUAGUCAAGCACAACCGCAGACUUAUAUGGCCGACAGUCCGGUUCCUCGCGAAACAGCUAUCACUUUGAUUCACGUAUGCGAAUCUUGGUUGACCAAAUCAAGUCCGAAGCAUACCAAUCUGGCGUGGUUUCAAGUUCAGUGUCUCCUUUUGAUUGCCAAGCAGACGCAUCAAGUCAAGAUGAAGAGACGGUGGGUUGAGUCGGGAAACCUACUUCGAAUCGCCGUGUCUGCCGGCAUGCACAGGGAUCCAGAAUUGCUGCAGAAAAAAGCACUAUCUUCAGUCUUUGAACAUGAGAUGAGAAGAAGGAUAUGGGCCUUCAUUGUCGAAUGGGACUUGCAAACGUCCAUUGACAGGGGCAUGCCAGCAACUUCGUUGGACGUUGCUAGCGAUAUUGGCCUUUCCUCGAAUUUGCACGAUACAGAUUUUGAUGAAUCGACCGUUGUGAUGCGGACAUCCAGACCUCUUACAGAGAUGACGAAGAUGACUUAUAUGUGUCUGUCUUGGCGGAGUCGAGGUUUGAGAAGGAAAAUCAUCACCAUGUUCAACCAACCUUUGCAUCAGGUGUCGUACGAAGAGGUAUUGGCACUCACGCAAGAACUCGAGCUGAACCUAGCGUCCUUACCAGACUGGACUGGGGGCAGACUCAUGGAUCUGACAGCACAUGACCAAAGCAUCGCGCUCCUUCAUAUCCAACUGGAACAGUUUCUCGUCAUCUUACAUGCUCAAGCAGCUCGCCAGGCUGUAGCAAAGACGCAUACCAAUUUCUCCAAACAGGCGUUCAAAUCUGCCGCUGUUUCCAUUGUGGACAAGCUUUCUGAGCUGUCGAACAAAGGCUUCAAGUUCCUACUAAUGGUGCGAUCUGACAUCCAAAGAGUGUUCACCAGUACUUUAGCGCUUGGUAACACUGACGAUAAGGAUGUAUCGUCGCAAGACCUUCGCAGCUUGGUACAACCCUUCCUUGAGCUUGCAGAAAAGGCGCUUGAUCUGUUUGAGGAAAAGAUCUUGAGCACGGGCGGCAUUCAGUGGACUCAUACAUUCGUUGUUUACGACAUGCUUCUGUGCAAAAUUAGCCCAAUCGGUCGCAACAUACUUUCCCGACCUGGCAGUGACAGGCUUUUCAGCAUUUGCAAGAAGAUCAUGGCCCACCAAGACGCAGACUUUUCUGAAAAGGUGGCUCCUCUCAAGGACUCUAUACCAACUCCCACGAAGAUUAAGAAGCGUCUCGAGGGUAAGACAAAUGCGCCUUCGGAGAUCAACAGUAUUCAGCAGACGGCCACCACCAACAACGACUUGCUCACAGACUUCAGCUAUCCCGAUAUGCUUGACUGGAACUUCGAUGAUUGGAUGUUGUAUACCGACACGUUUUGGUCAACUCAAAACAUGUCUCUGCCAUCGCUCUCGGAGCAAAACUUGCAAUAG